AUGGAUGAGGUUUCCGGCGACGGAGGUACGACUCCGGUGGCGGAGUUCAGCUGUAAUGGACCGGCUCCAGGGGCUACUCCGACACCGCCGCCACUGACGGUGUCGGGAUCGUUCAAGGAGGGGAAGAGUUCAUCGCGGAGAAGAGGAUUCAUGAGGCCGAGCAUGGACGGCGACGAGUUCAUUAACCUCUUGCACGGCUCGGAUCCGGUCAAGGUCGAGCUCAAUCGGCUCGAGAAUGAAGUCAGAGGUGCGAAUGCGGCUCGAUCCGCUGAUAAGGACCGGGAGUUAGGAGAGGCACAGGCUCAGAUCAAGGCUCUUAAGCUCUCUGAAAGAGCCAGAGAAAAGGCUGUUGAAGAGCUCACUGAUGAACUAUCGAAGGUGGAGGAGAAGCUGAAGUUAACAGAAUCACUUCUAGAAAGCAAAAAUCUAGAAAUUAAAAAAAUCAAUGAUGAGAAGAAAGCUUCCAUGGCAGCUCAGUUUGCAGCUGAAGCUACUCUACGCAGGGUUCAUGCUGCCCAAAAGGAUGAUGAUAUGCCUCCAAUUGAAGCCAUUCUUGCACCUCUGGAGGCUGAGCUCAAGCUUGCUCGACAAGAGAUUGCAAAGCUUCAAGAUGAUAACAAAGCUUUGGAUCGCCUUACCAAAUCAAAAGAAGCAGCUUUACUUGAGGCUGAGAGGACUGUUCAGGUUGCUUUGGCUAAGGCCUCCAUGGUGGAUGAUCUUCAGAAUAAAAACCAAGAGUUAAUGAAACAGAUAGAAAUUUGUCAGGAAGAAAAUAAAAUUUUAGACAAGAUGCAUAGACAAAAGGUUGCCGAGGUUGAAAAGCUUACUCAGACUGUGCGGGAGUUGGAAGAGGCUGUUCUUGCUGGAGGUGCAGCGGCAAAUGCUGUGAGGGAUUAUCAGCGGAAAUUCCAGGAGAUGAACGAGGAAAGGAAAACUCUAGACCGGGAGUUGGCCCGUGCGAAAGUAACAGCAAACAGAGUAGCUGUAGUGGUAGCAAAUGAGUGGAAAGAUGCUAAUGACAAAGUGAUGCCUGUAAAACAAUGGCUUGAAGAACGGAGAUUCUUGCAGGGAGAAAUGCAGCAACUCCGUGAUAAGCUUGCCAUAACUGAGCGAGCUGCCAAGUCCGAAGCGCAGUUGAAAGAAAAAUACCAUAUGCGACUUAAAGUGCUUGAGGAGAGUGUGAGAGGAUCUUCUAGCAGUACUAAUCGCAGCACAGCUGAGGGACGAAGUACAAGCAAUGGGCCCUCUCGACGUCAGUCUCUGGGUGGGGCUGAUAAUAUUCCAAAAUUAACUUCCAAUGGCUAUUUAUCCAAGAGAACACCGGUCAGGUCUUUGUCCUCUAGCACCAGUUCAGUGUUGAAGCAUGCUAAAGGCACAUCAAAAUCAUUUGAUGGUGGUACAAGGUCACUGGACAGGGGUAAGGUUCUCUUAAAUGGUACAAGCCCUAGUUUCUCAGUUAACCAAUCUUGUGAGGGAACCAAGGAUGGUGAAGCACAAAAUAACUGGAAGGGAAAUUCAGAUGAUAAGCCAAAUGAAUUCUCAACAGUGGAUAUAGAGGAUAGUGUCCCAGGGGUUUUGUAUGAUUUGCUACAGAAAGAGGUUGUAGCUUUGAGGAAAGCUGGUCAUGAGAAAGAUCAAAGCCUGAAAGAUAAGGAUGACGCUAUCGAGAUGUUGGCUAAGAAGGUAGAUACCUUGACUAAAGCAAUGGAGGUUGAGGCAAAGAAAAUGAGAAGAGAAGUUGCUGCCAUGGAGAAAGAGGUGGCUGCCAUGCGUGUGGACAAAGAACAUGAGAAUAGGGCCAAGCGGUUUGGUAAUGCCAAAGGUUCUGUCAACAGUGCUCAGGUUCUUUCUGGAAGAGGUUUGGCACGAGGUGGGUUAACACGCAGCACCCAAUGA